AUGCCAAAGAAGGGCUUGGACAAGAAGUUAGAUAAUGAGGGUAGUAUGGAAGAGGAUGUGUCCGAGAAUUCUGAGAAUAUAGAGCCUGUGCAAGUUAAGACUGAAGGGCCAUUAAAUGAUUUGGAGGCUGCUUUAGAGAAGGCGGAGAAGAAUCGCACAGUCGUCCAAUUACCCAAAGAAGUGACUGUGACAAAAGAUGAGAAAAAAGAGUUAGAAGAGAAGAUGUUAUUACGUCAAUUGUUUCUUUCAAAGGAACACAAAGAUGUUGCGGAGAUCAACAACGACAAAGAGAAAGAUUUGAGACAGUUUGCGGUCAAAGGUGUUUUACAGUUGUUUAACGCCAUUUCCGAACAUCAACUCAAAUUGCGCAUUCAAAAACAAAAGGAAUCAAACAAAGACAAACAAGUCGAUGAUUUGAUCGAUGAGACACUUUCUAAAGACGAUUUUUUGACUAAAUUGGUUGGUGGGCAACAACAAGAGAAGGAAGAGUUGAAAAAGAAGACUGAAAAAACAAGUAAAAUGAUAAGUAAGCAGAGAUACGAGAAAUCAAAGAAAGUCCGCGAACAAGUCAAAGAGGACAAAAUACAAAAAGAGGAAGAAAGGAAGAAAGCAAAAUAUAGUAGACGUGCUGAACGAAAACGAGACGAAUUAAAACAAGAAAGUGAUUCUUUGAAGAAUCCAACAAAGAAGAUAAAGUUCCAAAAGAAACCUAAAAAAGCUACUGAUUGA